AUGGCAGAUGAUACCCGCGAAAUUGAAGCCGCGGAUCUGUGGUCAAACGAAUUUGAUCUGUCAUUAUUCGCGGAUAAAGAGAUCAAUGUGAACGUUACCGGUAGUCUGUCCGACUAUGUGAAGAAUUUGGCCGCGCGGAUUGUGGUCAACGACACACAUGAUCUUCACCGUAUUUGGUCAUCUCGCCUCAGUGAUGGUCAGUUAGAUGCGGUCAAAAACCCACACACUGUCGCUCUGGUUACGGACAAUGCCGGUCCGGAACUGGUCGCUGAUUUGUGUCUGGCUGAGUACCUCAUACAAUCCGGUUUUACCUCUCGAGUGGUAUUCUAUCCGAAGGCCAUUCCGUGGUAUGUAUCUGAUGUCACCGCCAACGAUAUAACUUGGCUUCUCGAUGAAGGUUUGAGUGCCAAAUUCUUAGCCGCACCUUUGGUCCCCUUGGCGCGGAAAUGGGCUGAGAAAUGGCGGGCACGAUUCUCCAAUGGUCAUUUUAUUGUAAGAGAAUCCCCAUUUUGGACGUACUCUUGUCCUUAUGGUGAAAUGGCUAAAGUUAAUCCCAAACUGUACGAAGAGUUGACCACGGGUGUUGAUGUCAUUUUGUUCAAGGGCGAUUUAAAUUAUCGCAAAAUUCUUGCCGAUCGCACUUGGCGCCCGGAUUGUGUAAAACAAAAACAGGCUGCAUUUCGUGGGAUGCAGUUUGGGCGCCCAACGGACUCUACCGGUCGACUAACCUGUUCCUGUUCACCGUCCGCAUCCCCGGGGUUUCCCGUGGAUUGUCGCUGUCCGAUGAAAACCAGUCAAAAUUGGCCUCCGCUAUUGUGCGCACUUCGAAUUGCCAAGGCCGAUGUGGCUGUUGGUCUCACCCCGGAAACUCUCAGUCGUGUUCGAGCCGAAUCAAAUGAUUGGUGGAUUAUCGGUCGUUAUGGCAUCAUUCAAAUAGUUAGCCCGAUUCAGUUGUAG